AUGGCACGCGUUCGCCAUGGAGAGGUUCCACAAGGAAUUCCGGUCGAUUCUGCUGUGCCUCUUCCUGCACUUCCUGUUCGUCGUGUCGAUGCACCGGGGCAUCGCGGUCAACAAGGAGCGGGACCUGCUCCUCGCGCAGGGCUACACGUCGAAGAACGCGGGGCCGACGGAGCCGAAUUUAACCUCCGGCCUGGACUUGAUCAGCAUCGCGGAGCAAAAUUCUUCGACGACGGACUGGAUCUCCUCCGACUCCUCCGACUAUUCCGUCCCGGUGGAACUGUUCUCCGGCUACGGCUUCGACUUGGGCAACCCGGCGUGGUACUUUCUGAUACUACUUCUCAUCACCCAGUUCUACUGCUUCGUCCAGCACCUCUGCUCCUUCGGCGACGUGCUGAUCAUCCACACGAUCUUCCACCUCUUCGCGCUUUCCUACCAACACCCGGAGAAGCUGCUCGGAACGAAUUUCUCGGACUCCACGACCAGUUACGAUCUCCAGUCCUACUUGGUCCUGUUCGCCUCCCUCUACUCCCUGAAGCAGGUCAUCACGGUGCUCUACUACCUGCAAACCCACUCCUAUUUCGGGAAGUGGGUGCGGAUUCUGCUGGAAAUGGGCAAGGAAGUGGUCCCGCUGAUGUCGCUCGUGAUCUUCAUCGGCCUCGGGACGCUCUUUUCCAUCUUCACGCUGGUCUUCGCCCCGUAUUGGGACACGGACCGGUCGUUUUGGCAGUUCUUCAUCGACUUUGCGGAUCUGAUCUACUACGUGUUGCUUUCCAUGUCGAUGGGCGGGAAGCCCGUGGUCAGCUACCAGCCGGAGAUGCAGAGCUUCCAGGACCUGUACCUGCCCUACAUCCGGGUGAUCCCAGCCAAAUUUCUGGCGCACACGCUGGGCGUGGUCAAUUUUGUUUCCAUGCUGAUGAUCGGCGCGCACAUGACCGCGACCGUGAAUAA